AUGCCAAACAGUGCGUCAUCUAUCGAAGCCCGCUUGCAGCAUCUCAUGCCGAGCCUCUCGCUAUACACUGAAGGCAGAAACUAUCAAGACUGUCUUAAAUUCUACAAUCAUGCGCUGAAAAAGGAACCGCUAGUCUGCGCCCGGCCGCGGACAGAAGAAGAGGUCUCACGCUUGGUUCAAUUUUGCACCGAACAAAAGACUCCCUGUGCCGUUCGCUCAGGCGGUCACGACUUCUUCGGUCGCUCCGUAGUCCACAAGGGAAUCCUCAUCGACAUGCGCGAUAUGGACACAGUCAGUAUCGGGUCGGACCGAGCCAGUGCACGCGUUGGUGGCGGAGUGAUGGCCGGCGACCUGCAGGAAGCCAUCAGUUCUCACGGCCUAUUCACUCCUACCGGACAGUCAAAAUCCGUGGGCUAUGUCUCCUGGGCAUGUGGCGGAGGGUACGGCUUCUAUGUUGGAACAUACGGGUUUGGGGUCGAUCAAAUACUUGGGGCUCGAGUGGUUUUGGCCGGGGGUCGCGUCGUUGACACCGACAGAGAUCCAGAAUUACUGUGGGCACUCCGCGGCGCUGGGGCUGGCGCAUUUGGCAUCAUCACAGAGCUUCGCGUAAAGGUAUACCCAGUGCCUAAACUGUACGCUGGCUUCCUAGCCUUCCCCCUGUCCGAGGCUGCAUCUGUCAUGGACAAGAUUGGAAGCCUCUUACAUGACGACUUUCCUGAUGAGUUCAGCGGGGAUGCCAUCGCCGCAAAUCCUGAAAUGGCUCCUGUACCGGUAGCCGAGCCCUGUUUUGCUCUGUUUUGGUGUUGGACUUCGGUUAACGAAGACCUCGGGCCCGCGAAAACCUUUCUUGAGCAGAUGAUGCAGGCUGGCAGGGUUCUGGGGAACACGGUCACGGAAACUACACCAGCCGCCUACGGCUUAGGUGGUUUAUCGUCAGGGACCUUCUUCCGCAGUCGAAACGUCGAUCGGAUACAUAAAAAUGUUGGCACUAUCCUUGCACAGCACCUUCCACCAUAUCCGCUGUCCGCUAUCAUCUUUCACAAUAACCAUGGUAGAGGGGUUCGACACGAAGUGGCAGAUGCUGUCGGGGCGGCCUUUCCGAAUCGAUACCAACAUGUCAUUCUCGGGUUCCAUGGUGGCACCAGGCCAGACUGGACCGAUGAGCAGGAGCUUGCAGGUGCAGCCAGAUGGGUCAUAGAAUUGGAGGAAGCGGUUGAUCAGAAUGGUCUUUCCCUGCCAGGAGGGUUCCCUGCAUUUUGGCCCCCUGACCAGGUAGACAUACAACAAUUCUUUGGGGAGGAAGGGGCCUCAAGACUGCGACAAUUGAAAGCGCGACUGGAUCCGAACAAUCUGUUUUACCAUGCCCUACCUGGUCUGAAUGGAUACUGA